ACACUAGCUGGCCAGCCGGCUCCUUUCUUCCUCCUCCCCCACAAAGCAUAAAGCAGGCAGGGAGGUCUUCAAAGCUAGCCCAGCCAUCAUUUCAUCCCAAUUUCCUUUCCAUUCAAACCCCAUCACAUCAUCUAGCCUCCUCCUCCAGUCACAUCUGCCCUGAGAGCAAAAAACCAGAGGAAGCUAGCUAGGAUCUCUCAAAGGAGGAGUUUGAAUUCAUUCCCGGCCAGCAAUGGUGGAACCAGCAGCCAAGAAGAGCACUACCUCUAUGAGUGGUAGUAGCAUGAGGAAGAAGAAGCCGGAGAAGGAGAGAUUGGCUGCAGAGAAGCAGCAGCAGAACAGUGGUAGCAGCAGCAGCAAGAAGCAGAGCAGCUCAGGGACAGCAGGAGCAGAGCCUGCUGCUUCAGCUGCAGAGAGCCCUUCUUACAGGUUAGCUCUCAGGAGCCUCUUCUCCUGCAGAAACACCCACGCUCAGCAUCACACCCACCGGGUCCCGCCGCCGGCGGAUUCCGGCGCCGUCGUCGCCAUGGCCAGCAAGAAGUGCAAGAAGCAGCAGCAGCAGCAGCAGCUGGGCUGCAGCUCCGGCGCGUCCAUCUGCAAGCUCCGGGACGCCGGCCCGCGGCGGCCGGUCUUGAUGAAGAAGCCCGAGGAGGAGCCGCCUAAUUUGGUCGACGCCAUGACGACCAAGCGGCGGGCGUCGGUGAGCGGCGGCGGCGGCGGAAGCGGCGGCGAGAGGCGGGCGGUGAAGAAGGCCCUGCAGCAGAGGCAGGGCGAGGCGGUGGCAGUGGUGGUGAGCUCGUCUUCUUCGUCUUCGUCGGCGGCGGGGGGGUCGUUCAGGCUGCGGCGGCUGUCCGGGUGCUACGAGUGCCACCACAUGGUGGUGGACCCCAUGAGCGGCGGCGGCGGCGGCGGGUCCAUGAGGGCCGCCGUCUUCUCCUGCCCCGACUGCGGCGACGUCUUCGUCAGGGCCGAGUCGCUCCACCGCCAUCAGUCCACAAGGCACGCAGUAUCAGAGCUCGGGCCGGAGGACACGAGCCGGAACAUCAUCGAGAUCAUCUUCCAGUCGAGCUGGCUCAAGAAGCAGAGCCCGGUCUGCGCCGUGGACCGGAUCCUCAAGGUCCACAACGCCCCCGCCACGCUCGCUCGCUUCGAGGCCCACCGCGACGCCGUCAAGGCCAAGGCCCUCAUGAUCUCCUCCUCCGGCUCCGGCUCCGGAGGCGGCGGCGGCGCGCGGUGCACGGCGGACGGCAACGAGCUGCUCCGCUUCCACUGCGCCGCGCUGGCGUGCUCCCUCGGCCUCCGCGGCGCCACGCACCUCUGCGACCACGCUUCCUGCGCCGCCUGCGCCAUCGUCAGGGACGGCUUCGUCGUCGCCCCCGGCGCCGGCGCCGGCGUCCGGACCAUGGCCACCAGCGGCCGCGCGCAUGAUGCUGUGGCGGUGGAAUACGAGGAUGGGGGCGAGCGCAGGAGGGCGAUGCUUGUGUGCAGGGUCAUUGCUGGGCGGGUGAAGCGGCCGGCGCAGGAGAAGGAGGCGGCGGCGCCGGAGUCGGAGAAGAAGGAUGAUUUGCCGCCGGAGAUGGAGACGAAGACGGCGGAGGAGGAGGAAGACGAGUACGACUCGGUGGCGGGGUCGGCGGGGGUGUACUCGAGCAUGGACGAGCUGGAGGUGUUCAACCCCACGGCCAUUCUCCCAUGCUUCGUCGUCGUCUACAAGGCUUGAUUGCUCGAUAGCACUCGUUAUCACACCACCUCACCUCAGCUCGAGCUGCCCACCGGCCAAUUCGUGUCUUCGUCAAGAUAGUCUUUUACUGUGUUUAGUAGUCCUACUGAUGUUACAUUGUACUACCACAUUCCAGUAACUUUUAGCAGUAGAACUACGUAGAUGCCGUUGUUAGCUUGAUUAAUUACGUUGCUCGCUA